UCCGCUUCCAAGCCGGAAGUCCCCAAGAGGCUUCACCAACCUGUGACUGGGCAUUGGAAGGUAUGGAGGAGGCAAAGGUCGGUGAAUACAGUAUUCCUAAGGAUCGGCCCCUCGAGCUUCAAAAGAACGCCCGGCCUCGGGGAAGCAUGCCGCGGUCCCAGCGGGGGCCGUCCGUGCCAGAGUCCAAGCCCAGGAAGCCUGAUCCUCCGGCUGAGCCUGUCAUUGUCCUUAAUGGCCUCCCAAAACCGACGUUACCUGGUAGAGGCAGGCAGGAGGGUGUCAUGUCGACUCUGCAAGAAGCGAGCGAGGAGGAAUGCCAAGCAGCCAUCCUUCUGCUGAUGGUUCCAGCGACGAAGAAGACACUGAUUUCCACGAAGGAUUUCUUUGUUUGGGACGAAGGCAGAUGACAGGUUGAAGAAGGGAGUUUUUAGGAGCAUUCAUCAGAGAAAAUGGGCUAGGCCGAAUACGGCCCAUGUUGGUCUCGGUCCAGGCCUAACAAUGGCUCGGGUCAAACUGAGCCCAGCUGAACAUGGCCUUUAAUUUAAAUAAAUUUAAAUUAUUUCAUAUUAUUUUAAGGAAAGAUUAGUCCAACUCGGAUUUUGCUAGCUAGGCGCUACUGCCAUUGCCAAACGGCAAAUUCUUAUGCACGUGGAUCGCACGUGGCCUUGGGGGCUGACAGAAGCGAGUCGGAUCCACAUCACUCCGUCAGUAUUAUUUAAUUUGUUUCUAGUUUGUUCAAGAGAGUGGGGAAUGAGAGUGAAGCGGCGAGGCGGACGGCGACAGAUCUCCGCAAGGUCGAGAUAGAUCGAGGAGGUAGAUCGCCAUCGUCGCCGCUCUUCCACACACGGAGAAGGUAGAUUUACCUUCACGACGGGUCGAUCGGAGGCCUCCCGGACCACUCCUCCUCCAGACUGCAGAUUUCGUUGGGAAGUUUGCUACGGCUAUCUGAUGAAUUGCUUGGUUUCUGCAGACGACCUCGAAUUUUAGAAGGAUUCAAAAUGAAGAAUAAAGAUACCAAGCCUGGGGCUAUGCCUGACAAGAAUCAUUGGACUGUUAUUAUUUUGGUAUUCUUGUUCUUAUGUGGAUUUUCCUUCUAUCUUGGAGGUAUCUUCUGUUCUGAGAAAAACAGAUACUUUAAGCGUGAUGAUGCUCCUGUGAUCCAAUCCUACCAUGACAUUGGAGUAGCUCCUCUCAAAGUCAAGCAUGUAGAGUUCGGGGAGUGUAGCUUGGAUCAUCAAGAUUAUACGCCGUGCACAGAUCCUAAGAAAAUGUUUUUUCCCCCUUAUUUGCCGUUUAGAGAUGGAAGAUAUAUGGUAAAUACAGACUUACUUUUAUGGAACGGCAUUGCCCACAAAUGGCUGACAGGAAAGAAUGCUUAGUUCCUCCUCCUGCUGGAUAUAAACCACCAAUCCGAUGGCCAGAGAGCAAAGGACAAUGUUGGUACAGGAAUGUUCCUUAUGAUUGGAUAAACAAUGAAAAAUCAAAUCAACACUGGCUUAGGAAAGAAGGUGACAAGUUCUUCUUUCCAGGUGGAGGUACCAUGUUCCCUAACGGAGUUGGUGAAUAUGUAAAACUGAUGCAAGAUCUGAUUCCUGGAAUGAAGAAUGGAACUAUCCGAACUGCUAUUGAUACUGGAUGUGGUGUUGCGAGUUGGGGAGGUGAUUUACUAGAUCAUGGCAUUCUAACUAUUUCACUUGCACCAAGAGAUAAUCAUGAGGCUCAGGUACAGUUUGCUCUUGAACGUGGUAUUCCAGCAAUCUUAGGCAUCAUUUCUACUCAGCGUCUUCCAUUUCCAUCAAAUUCAUUUGAUAUGGCUCACUGCUCCAGAUGUCUUAUCCCCUGGACAGAGUUUGAUGGCAUUUACCUUUUGGAAAUUCACCGAAUACUUCGACCUGGAGGCUUCUGGGUGCUAUCAGGUCCGCCUAUCAACUAUGAACGCAGAUGGCGAGGCUGGAACACAACUAUUGAAGAACAGAGAUCUGACUACAAUAAAUUAAAGUUGUUGUUGUCUAGCAUGUGCUUCAAACUAUAUAAUGAAAAGGACGAUAUUUCAGUAUGGCUAAAAUCAGUAGAUAGUAGCUGCUAUAGCAAAAUUACUUUGUCAUCCUCCUUGCCCAAGUGUGAUGACAGCUCUGACCCAGAUUCAGGAUGGUAUACUCCACUGCGGCUGUGCCUGACUAUUCCGAGCCCAAAGCUUAAGUUGGGAUUGAACUUUCUACCAACAUGGCCAAAUCGAUUGUGGACAACCCCGGCACGGAUUUCUACAGUUUACAAUGGCAAUCCUGGAGGGUUUAAGCAUGAUAACAAGAAAUGGAAGGCUAGGGUGAAACAUUACAAGGCAUUGCUCCCUGCUCUUGGAAGUGAUAAAAUUCGGAAUGUUAUGGAUAUGAAUACACUGUAUGGAGGGUUUGCGGCAGCUCUUAUUGAUUCUCCAAUAUGGGUCAUGAACAUCGUAUCUUCUUAUGGUUCAAAUUCCCUUGGGAUUGUCUAUGAUAGAGGAUUAAUUGGCACCUAUCAUGAUUGGUGCGAGCCAUUCUCAACUUAUCCUCGGACCUAUGAUCUCUUGCACUUGGAUGGCCUUUUUACAGCCGAAAGUCACAGGUGUGAAAUGAAAUAUGUGCUGCUUGAGAUGGAUCGUAUACUUCGUCCAACCGGGUACACAAUAAUUCGUGAAUCUUACUAUUUUGUCGAUGCCUUGGCAACCAUCGCCAAGGGAAUGAGAUGGAAUUGUGAAAAGCAUGCCACCGAAUACAAUGCAGCCAAGGAAAAGAUAUUAGUAUGCCAAAAGCGACUUUGGCAUGCCACUAAGCAAUGAAAUCUGAGGAUGACUGGCCAUGUCAAGCUGGGGGUUCUCUUGGUGCCUAUUCAUAGAUUGUCCUGCCAAUCGACGAAAAAGGUCCUAGUUGCGUUUACAAACAUGGUCAAAGUUGCACUAACUCAUAUGUUCAUAUGUAUAAUAAGGAGACUAGUUGUAGUAUGCGUGUACAAGGUCAAAGUAGGUGUUUCAAGUUCAUGUCAAUUUUUUUUAAGUCUUAACCUUUGUUUCUCGAUCAUAAAAAUGAAAGGGUUUUAAAUGGGGUUGUUCCAGUC